AUGGUGAACGAUGAACACAAUCAUCAAACUGUCACGAGUGAUAUUAAGGCGAAGGAGACGCUAGACAAGCUGAAGGUGAAGGCAGCUUCGACCCUCCAGCCCAUGCAGUCCCUCUACGAAGAAGGCCUUAUCGACAUGAGAGAUGGAAGUUGGAAUGAUGAGACCAAAGCCAUUGUUACUGCCAUGCCCACCUUCCCGGACGACGAUUAUGACAAGAGAAUCCUUGGGUUUUCCACCGCCGAUAACUUGUGUCAUCUCUGCGAAUCAGACACCAUCUACGGAGACGGCACAUUCUACGUGGCACCGACCAUAUUUCACCAGUUGUACACUAUCCAUGGCAUGGUAGAUGGGAACAUGUUUCCUUUGGUAUUCUUCUUCCUGCCAGAUAAGAAAGAGGAUACUUACACCAGGAUGUUCAGACUACUUGUCGAUGCAGCCGCGACCAGAGGUCAUCAUUUGGAUCCGCAGAAGAUCCAGAUGGACUAUGAGGUUGCCGCCAGAAACGCCUCUGCGAUCGUGUUCCCCCGAAGCGACUGGAAGGGCUGCUUCUUCCACUUCACCCAGUGUGUAUGGAGGAGAACCCAGCAGCACCAUAGUUAA